GUCCAUGCUCAUUCCAAUCAAGGGAAAGGGUGUACGGGAAAAUAAAUUGCUAGAGAUUUUAGAAGCUUCAGUCCCGCGCAGCAGCUUCAGCCUUCCGCGAUUCCAUUUGUUUGCGCUGUGAUUUGGAAGCUGGAAUGAAGCUGAAAGUGGUAGGCAGAAAAGUUUACGAUUAUAUUCGUUAUGAUCUUAAAGAGAUAGCUUUCCCUUCCUCAUUGCCCGAUCCUCCCCACAUCAAAAAGCGACGCAAAUUGACUUGGCAUGAGCGCUUCUUGUGCCCUUUUCAUAAAUUACAGAUUUUGAAGGAGGCCUCUAGGCUUUAUGCAGCAAGCUGGGUACGGGACAUUGGUCCUGACCUUCGGCCAAAUGAUUAUAAGAAGGAUGAUGGGAGCCAAGAGAAACUUGAUGGAGCAGAAAGUGCUACUAAAGAGAAAGAACCUUCAGUGGUAGAAGAUCUUGCUCUGGCUGCCAGAGGAGGUAUGGAAACAUUAAGGCCUGCCUUACAGCGAGUUUACAUGACAAGAGCUUCUGCAUAUAGAGAUGCACUCAAGAGUUUUAUAGAAGGAUAUCAAGAAGGAGUCCAGCAGGUCAUGGAGAAGAAGGACGAUGUAAAAAAUAAGGAAGAAGGCGAUGGACCAAAAAAAUCAACGUGACUACCCAGUAUCCCCAUGUGUCUGCAAGUCUGUAAGCUCAUAGAAUCUUCUAUCUGCUUGAUAUGAGAGAAUCACCAGCAUGAUCGAUCAGAGCUGAGUUAACUGUACUUUGAACUGACAUGCGAGAUAUGUACUUGAUAAUCCUUUGUAACUAUAAUUUUAUUCCCCGCUAUCCAUUUCUGGAGCUGUGGAGUGUUCUUUUUGCUUU